GUUCAUGAAUACCCCUCCCUAUCUCCUUGUAGAAGCAGAUAGCCUGUGUCAAAUGUAUCAUACUAUGUGUAUAAAAUUCAGUUGUCGGCGCCAUUUUGUCCAUUUCCUUUUCACUCAAGCCCACGGCGACCUGCUCGCUCGUUCCCUCCCCCGGCAACGACCGACAGAGCUUUCUUUUCACUCGACUGCAACGCCCACAGACGAAUUGUAUAUAUGUGUGUCCCGCUAAUCCUGAGAACUUUUUCCUCCCUAUCCCCUUUCACAUCUCGCACCAUCUCGUAUCCUAAAGCCGUCCAACGCUCUAAUCACCAUGUCUUUUAGCAAUCACAUAGGUACCCGAGGCACCCCAGGCCACCGCGAACAGUCGCCGCCCGAGGACGAGGUUGACUGGAGCGAUGGCGAGAUCGCCUGCGAUGCACCCUCCACCGCGACCACGAGCACUCCAGCUCAAAAUCAGCUGAAGACUCUCAGCAAGCCUGUUCCGGGCACCAAUCUAUCUCCACAAAAUCCGCCGAAGCCCUCCACGCCGCCGCAAACCGAGUCCGCAAGGAUCCAGACCCUCCACUCCAGGAUGAUGGAGCUGACCGAGGAGCGCGACCAGGCGCGUCAAGACGCCGAGCACCACAAGCAGCAGGCGACCACCAACUACCAGAACUGGGUGGAUUCCUCCGCUGGACUGCAGGCUAGGAUUGCGACUCUAGAAUCACAGAAUGCCCAGUUGCAGCAGAGGAACGGCGAGUUGCAGGAGAGGAAUAAGGUGUUGCUGGAGCAGAAGCAGCAGAUGGAGCUCGCUAUGCAGCAGCAGAGGGACCACGAGGGACUUCCGUAUUAGAUGAUCUCGGACCCCUUCAACCAUUGAUCACGACCCCACCCGCAUUUGGAAAGGCGCUG